GGCCGGUGUCGGCGUCCGCUAUUCGCGCCACACGCACGCCAGCCAGUUCUCAUCCGAACCGCGUCAGUUGAGGUCGUUCGCUGUGAGCUCACGUGCGAAGUUUACUAUCGCGAAAGGAUUCCCCUUUGUCCCAAUCGAGGACCCGCCCGCGUAUUAUGUUUCCGCGCGAGACCCGCGACCAGCCCCGGCCCACUGAAGUGCCGGAAGUGCAGCGUGAAUCGCGUCGAAAUCUGAAAUUCUGCGACGGCUACCCCGCGAAACGCGUUCGCCGGGCGAUUUGAAGUUGUGUAUCGGUGUUUGGACAGUGCCGUGUGGACUGCAACGAUGUCGACAGGCAAGCGGCUGGCGAAGCGGUCCAUCAUAGGGACCCGCGUCGCGGCCCUCGGGGAGGACGGUUUAUACUACUCGGGGAUGAUUCAGGCAGUGAAGACGCCGGCUCCUUUCGCGGAGAACAACAACUGUAUUAAUUUGACGCCGAAUACUCGUUAUACCGUGCGUUUCGAUGGUGGCAAGUUGACCCGGGAGUACCGUGAUGCGGAGCUGAUCGGGCCGGGCUUCCGGGGCAUGGCGGGGGUGCGGCUGCGGCCCGGCCAGCGCGUGUACCUGACCUACAACGGGCGCGAGGUGCGCGCCGACGUGCAGAGCCACGACCACGACACCGACGAGCUCGGCGUCCUCGUGCAUGCGCCCGCCGCCGAGGCGCCAAUAGAGCUGAAAAAGAGGCUAGAUGAGAUCAGGCUGCUGGAGUCGCGCAAGUCGGCGCGUUUGGCCGACGUGGACACCGACUUCGCCCGGUUGGCCGACAUGGCCGGCGACCGCCGCCGCGUCUCCGCCACCAUCGAGGUGCCGACACAUCCCAUGCAAGGGUCACGCAAGAGAGGUCCUAGCAGCUCCUGCGACCUCGGCUACGGAGAGCGUGAUGAACAGAUGAAUGAGUGCAACGCUGCGCUUGUGCUGAUGUCACUGAGCUGCUCUCCAAACUCGCCGCGGCCCAGUGCGUGGGGCGGUCGCUCAUCAGUGUCUCCUGGCGCCAGCAGCAGCUCAGGCUCGUCAUGGCGUUCAGGGACACCUUCUCCACCACCGGCAUCCUCCUCCUUCAGCGACGAGGGGAUCGCCAUGGAUUAUGAAGAACUGCCUCCCCGCAAGAAGAGGAUUAACAGUGUUGUGUAUCAGUGCACUUGGCGCGGCUGCGGGCACACCACCAACACUUGCGUCGCCAUCGAAACUCACAUCAGAAGUGCCCAUUUAGGACCCAUGUAUCCCAUGUCGACCGAUCCCAACGACCUACUUCCACUCACUCCAGCCCAUUUCCUGGUUGGCCGACCGCUUGUUGCGCCUGGCUACAAAGACAUCACGACUGCAUCUACGCCUCACUUGAACCGGUACGAGCGCGUCGAACAAAUGCGGCAGAACUUCUGGAAGCGCUGGACGAAGGAGUACAUCGGGGAACUGCAGACCAGAACCAAAUGGCAGAUUAACCAGGACAACUUGGCGCCUAACACUCUGGUGCUCAUAAAAGAGGACAACUUGCCACCACUAAAAUGGCGACUAGGAAGAGUAACACAAACCUUCCCGGGAGAAGAUGGACUAGCUCGAGUGGCAGACGUAAAAACUGAAAGCGGAAUCAUAAGAAGAAGCUACCAGAGAUUAUGCCCAUUAAUGCCAGAAGAAUAA